AUGCGUUACGCACUUUUAUUAGUCGUUUGUACCGUUUGCACUGUUGCAUAUCCACUUAAGGACGAUUAUAAGACAGUUACCUAUCACUGGCAGAAGCGUAGCGUUGAAUGUGCACGUUCUGAGGACAAGAAAGAUAUGACUGAGUGUGCACUUCGUACUAAUAUGAAAAAUACAGAUUUUGGUGAUGGAUGCUUCGAUGAGUUCGUUCCUGCAGUCCGAUUUGUUAUGCAUGACUCUGAAGCAAUCCAGUUCACUCAAAAUUUACAGAACAUCCGAAAUCUGUGUCCGUUGAUGUGUCAAGGCGCAGACGAUAAUGAUAUAUUGGCAAAAAUCCCGACCAAUAAUCACAAAUGUAAUCAGUUCUUCAAUUACGGUGUCACUAAAGCUGGUGACGAUAUGUAUUUGUGGCGGAGUGGUGAAUGUCUCAACUCGACGAUUAGUUUCCAUGUGCGCUGUGGAUUUCCAUUCAAACCGCAAGAUUUCUUCGCUACCAGUGAUUUGUUGUUUUCGCUAAUUUAA